AUGAUCAAUCCCUUUAUGGAUACGGGCCCGGGGCACCACAGCCUGGCCCACGGCGCCCUAAAGUUGAGCCCUAAUAACCAUAUGGGGGACCCCACAGCAGGUCUGCACCACAACCAGUUUGCUGCCCAGACAAAUGGCUACGGCAUGGGGCACCAUGGUCAUCAUUCUCAAAUCUCCAGCUAUGCCGCAAGAGACUUUCUUAUACGACGGGCAGAGCAGUUCAACCUUCCAGGACACGAACCCAACGUGGGUCACCACCCAGGGAUGUUCGGGGUCCCGUCGUCUGUCAGCAUGGGUCUUCACCCAUCCCACCACCCGGAUUCUUCAGCUAGUCACGUUCUUUUCCCUGGACUCUCAGAUCACAGUGCUGGACACCACGUUAACGGGCAGAUGUUUUCGUAUCCCCGUGUAGAUCAGUUCAACCAAAUGGGCCCCCCUCGCCCCGACCACUUCGGACCUCCUCAGCAUUUAAACCACAUGAACGCUAUGGGCCAUCACCGAAUGAACAUGGGCCCCCACGGGCCAGGGGCCUUCUACCCCUUCAUGAGGCACCCCAUCAAACAGGAACACACCUGCCAGUGGCUGGAUCAGGACCAACCGGAACCACGAAAACCCUGCAGCAAGAUCUUUACGACAAUGCACGAGAUAGUCACUCACAUAACGGUGGAGCACGUGGGCGGCCCUGAGCAGGCCAACCACGCCUGUUAUUGGCAGGGUUGUCCUCGGGAUGGCCGACCGUUUAAGGCAAAAUACAAACUUGUCAACCAUGUCAGAGUCCACACGGGAGAGAAGCCAUUUCCAUGCCCCUUUCCUGGAUGUGGCAAAGUCUUCGCCAGGUCGGAAAACCUUAAAAUUCACAAAAGGACACAUACUGGUGAGAAACCAUUCAAGUGUGAAUAUGAAGGAUGUGACCGCAGAUUUGCCAACAGCUCGGACCGGAAGAAGCAUUCGCACGUGCACACCAGCGACAAGCCUUAUAAUUGCAAGGUCAAAGGUUGCGACAAGUCAUACACUCACCCCAGCUCGCUCCGGAAGCACAUGAAAGUUCACGGAAAGACAUCUCCGGUGUUGGACGGGUACGACUCGGAUCCUGACAGCCCGUCCAGUGAAUCCAACCACGCAGCUAGUCCGGCCACCGUGCCGUCGCCGUCAGUAACUUCGCCACCUGUCUCCCAGCAACAGUCGCUGACAUCGCAACAACACCAACAGUCAAGUCGUCCCACAUCCCUGUCCCAUCUGUCCCAUCACCCUAACCCACUAUUAUCCCACCACCCACAUCAUCCACACCCGCACCAUCCCACGAGCCUUAGCGAGUGGUACGUUUGCCAGAGCAGCGGUUCCAUGCCCACCCCUCCUAGCGACCACUCUCCUCUCUCAUCUCUUGGACACAUCUCAUUACAUCCACCCCAAAUCCUCCAGUACACAUAA